AUGAUAACUACCGGCCUAUUGAUGGCCGGCAUUUGUAGCGCUAUAUUCGGUGCACUCCAAUGGAUACCAUCGGGAACCACAUUCAUAGCCAUAGCAAUGGCCAGUCGUACUAUUGAAGGGUUAGGUGCGGCCGCUUAUUCUGUCAGCUGUUGGACAACUGCCACAAUAGAGAUGUGUUACGGUGUGGGUAUGAUAUUUGGUCCGGCAAUCGGUGGUCUACUUAAUCAAAUACAGAAGCUAUCAUCGGUAACAACUGGCGGCAUAUUUGUCAUAUCGGGUGCAUUGUAUGCACUGUUCAAUCAAGUUUGGGCUUAUUUUGCCGAUAAAAUGCCGACAAACUGUCAUCCGUUAUGCCUAAUAGGCUGUACCUCAUCGUUGAUAGCCUUCCUAAUUGUUGGUCCGAUGCCUUUCUUUCCCAUUGAAUCUAAAUCUGGUUUUCCCGAUAAUGUUUCCACAUAUUCAGUAGUUUCCGGUAUAUUUUCAUCAGCAAUGGCAAUGGGAUCGGCAAUCGGUCCGGGAAUUGGCGGUUAUAUGUUGGGACAAAUGGGCUAUCGAUGGGCAACUGUACCCAUAGUUGGCCUACAAUUGUUUGUGGCCAAACAAAAGGGUGCAAAUGAGACAUGGAUUGGCAUAAUAAUAGCCGAGUAUCAAAUUGCCUUAUUUUUUGGUUCAGCAAUUUUUGGCAAAUUUAUACCUCCGCUGACACUAAAGUUUAUGAUAACUACCGCCCUAUUAAUAGCCGGCAUUUGUAGCGCUAUAUUUGGUGCACUCCAAUGGAUACCAUCGGGAACACCAUUCAUAGCCAUAGCAAUGGCCAGUCGUACUAUUGAAGGGUUAGGUUCGGCCGCUUUUUUUGCCACAACAGAAAUGUGUUACAGUGUGGGUAUGAUAUUUGGUCCGGCAAUCGGUGGUCUACUUAAUCAAAUACAGAAGCUAUCAUCGGUAACUACUGGCGGUAUAUUUGUCAUAUCGGGUGCAUUGUGUGCACUGUUCAAUCAGAUUUGGGCUUAUUUUGCCGAUAAAAUGCCGACAAACUGUCACCCGUUAUGCCUAAUAGGCUUAACCUCAUCGUUGAUAGCCUUCCUAAUUGUCGGUCCGAUGCCUUUCUUUCCCAUUGAAUCAUAA